CAAUGCUGCCUUCUGCGGCCCAAUCCAUUCUCGGUCUGCGAUGGGAUCACGAGACCGACUGCUUCGCACCCACGUCGGUUAUAAUGGCUGCUGCUGCUUGGAUUAUUUUUGAGGAUCAAGAAGAACCACAAAGAGAAGAAAAUUCGGUAGUACGUAUAAUGCGUAUAAUUUUAAGGAAUACUCAAGAUCCAUUUGAUAUUCCAGAAAAAAGGUUUCAAGAAUUAUACAGGUUAUCUCGAGAGGCAGCAAUGCGACUAUGCCAAGAUUUAUUGCCCCUUAUACCUGAAGGAAGGAGACAAACAGCAAUACCGCGUGAAUUAAAGAUCUUUGCGACUUUGAGCAUCUUGGCUUCAGGCUCUUAUCAACGUCGCAUCGGCCAAGAUUUUUUGACCUGCAUGUGCCAAGCAUCAAUAUCUGCAGCAAUUCACAUUGUUGUAAAGGCACUUAAUCAAAUAAUGAGGCAUUGGAUUAAAUUUCCACAAUUGCCUCAUGAGCUUCAAGAUGUUAAAGAGCAAUUUAUGAAUCAUUGUGGAUUUCCAGGUGUAAUAGGCGCUAUUGAUGGUACUCAUGUCGCUAUUUGUCCUCCAGAAAUAGAACGAGAACAUUUAUAUAUUAACAGAAAAUUAUACCAUUCUUUAAAUGUUUUGCUAGUUUCUGACUAUUAUGGAAAAAUAUUAGCUGUAAAUAGUGGACAUGGAGGAAGAACACAUGAUACACGCGUUUGGAAUGCUUCAAUUAUCUCGAUACAUUUAGAAGAGCAAUAUAAUAAUGAACGAAGAAAUUGUUGGUUGUUAGGAGAUUCAGGGUAUCCGCUGCUACCUUAUUUAAUGACACCAAAAUUAGAUCAACCUGAAGGAUCACCUUCUGCUCGUUAUACUGAUGCUCACAUAAGAGCACGCUCGAGUAUUGAACGAACUAUCGGAGUUUUGAAGGGACGAUGGAGAUGCCUGAGGAAGGAAAGAGGACUGCACUAUUCACCAAAUUUUUCUGAUAAAAAUUACAUAAUGACUACAUUUCGUAAAUUCAAGAAUAUGUAUGUCUGAUAAUAUAAAAAUCCAUAUAUUUAAAAAUUUAAGAACAAAUAUAAUUUUAGCACUUAUAGUUAACGCUUGUUGCGUACUUC